CACCAGCAAGGCUGCCCUUUGAAGAAGUACCCUCUUAUCUUCACACUUCCAUGGAUCUUUGAGGAGAGUGAAGGGGAUCUUGAGAUAUAUUGGGUUUCUCAAUACCAGGGCUAUUACUGGUUGUAAGCGAGUCAACUUCUUCACCACCAACGACAAGCUACCCAGGCACCCAGGUACAUCAGCCAUUACAAAACUUCACAGUUACCCCACGGAGGUCAUUUGGAACCCACAGAUUGACAUUUGGGUUGGCUUGCCUUUUCUUAAAGAAAGGUGCUGAGAUUUGGCACUUUCGUGACCAUACGGACUUCGGCGCAUCGACCUAAAUGAGCAGUGGAACCAUGACCUAUUCUCGAUGAGCUCCUCUUCUGCAGAUAGCGAUAGUGGUGGUGAGGAGGAUACGAUUAAUGGGGAUGAUAAUGGGACAAGGCAAGAUGGCUUUAAUGUAGAGGAAAGCGAGGAUGGGAGCCAUGCAGAGGGAGAACGGAUCAGACAGCUGUUGGAGGAGGAAAGAGAGAACCCAGCAACACCACUACAAAUUACAAACGGAGUCAAUAGAUACAAGGCCAACAGAAUCGCAGAUAGUGCUUCAGAGGAUGGAUCGUUGGAUGCUUUACCAAGGAGGGCUCAGAGCCCGAUCGAAUCCGUCACGUCAAUACCAGAUGAUUCCCCAUCUGUUCAGGUACGCCAUUUUGGCUAGCUUUUAGAGUAGCCCAACUGAUUGUACUCGUAGGGUUCAAUAUUAUCUUCUCCGGCGGGAAGUAGUAUAUUGCCUUCAAUGGCAUCAAGACCCGGACUUGAAAGUCCAACCCCGUCCUUCCGACCAUUCGAUAGACGAUUUCAAUCUCGCCUAUCGAGCUCUACACUUUCCAUACCACGUCCUGCUUCUCCCACUCCUGCAUACCUCAAGAAUCAUAACAGGCAAAGUUCUAUAAGCAGCCAAAUACCACCUGAUUCUGGGGACACGGAUACCCCAUCCCCACCGUGGGAAGUAAUUAGAUGGACCAAACUCAAGAAAAUAAAUGGCCAGGCAUUUUCGGAACUAGGUAAACGUAAUUUUGGUGUACCGACCUGUAUAUCAGUCUCUGCUUCGAUUGUCUUGGGCACAUCGAAAGGAAUAAUCUUAAUUUUCGACUAUCACCAAAAUCUCAAAUCCAUAAUAGGGCUUGGAACUAAAGGUAGGUCUUGGGGGAUGUUACAUCAUGCUUAGUUUACUGACUGGUAUAGCAAUUGAAUCUGGAGCUAUUACUUCACUUGCCAUCUCGGCUGAUCAUUUGGUGGUAGCUGGGGGUCAUGCCAAUGGCAGUAUCUUCAUAUGGGAGGUUGCGAAAACUGCCCGUCCUUUUCUUCAUAUCCCGAGCCUAGAACCUGGCCAGAUGAUCAAUCGAACUGUCGAUGGCCAUAUCCCAGAUGUUCCUAUAAGACAUUUGGGGUUCCUUGGAACUCGACACACUGCACUCGUUUCUGCCGAUGAUCGUGGAAUGGCCUUUUCACAUCUUGCUACGAGAGGAAUGGGAGCCGUCGGACGGACUGUUAGGACGACCAGAAUAUUGGGUCGAUACCCCAACGAUGUAUCUACAACCGGGAAACCUCGAAAGCCAAGUACUGUGCUCGCAUUCUCGCCACUCCCUCUUGGAAAUGUGGAAAGAGGCACUGAUACUUUUGGACUGACAGCGAUGCUCACGCCGUACCUAUUGGUAAUUGUUUCUACAACGCCAAUAGCCCAAACACAGCAUAAAGCUGCGCGACCAAAGGAGGUCAUUGCCCAUAGUACAAUGAGUGGGUGCUUGGCCUGGUUUCCGGCCGUCAAACUAAAAGUCAAGCACCCUAAAACUGGCAGUGAUGUAUCAAAAGUGAAACUGGUGUAUUGUUGGUCGAACGUCCUUACUGUCCUGGAUGUAGAUGAAAUCGAAGCCCCCAGCAAGGACAAGCCUCCAAGUCUUACCUUUAAACCUCGCAGUAGAUGGAAAGCCGAUGAAGCGAUUGUUGCCGUUCAGUGGCUCAGCCGAUCCGUCCUGACUGUCUUGACCAUUACUCAACGUCUGAUCAUUCUUGAGGAUGGGAGUAUGCGAAUGACAGAAGCAUUUGACUUGGUUCAUAAGCAUAUCUUCCACCGGGACAUUUUCUCGAGUCAACUUCACAGCCUUGUAGAGCAAUUGGACGAAGAAGAUCCAUCAAUGCAUGGUGUGGUAGCUGAUGCUUUCUACAUGAGCUUCAAAGCCUACAAGGGACGAAUGUUCCUGCUCGGUUUCAAUGAUGUCUCUAUUGGCUCACUAUCGAAUUGGGCAGAUCGACUGAUAUCACUGAUGGAAGAGGGCGAUUAUAUCGGAGCCAUCCAGCUUGCAACCUCUUAUUACACUGGUGAUGCGGAUAAGUUGACGAUUGGUCUUCCAGAAGACACAGGUCUUCGCCAUACCAUGGUUCAGGACAAAUUGGUUGAGAUCAUGACGGCAUCUCUGAAAUUCGCCUUUAAUCAGCACCAAAAAGAAGCAGAUUUGAAGAAUCUUAGAGACCUGGCAGAGGCUUGUUUUGAAGCUUGUCUUAGCAUCGAAGAUAUUGACUUCUUGUUUGAUGAAGCUUGGGAGUGGUACGAGGAUGGCGAUGUAGAAGGCGUCUUUCUCGAAACUCUAGAGCCACAUAUUCUAGAGCGGAAGAUUGUCACUAUACCACCCACAGUUGUCAAGGCAAUGGUUACCCAUUUUGUGAGCGAGGGGCUUGAGAGCCGACUGGAAGAAAUGCUUUGUCAUAUGGAAACCAUGACACUUGAUAUCGAUCAAGUUACAAUGCUUUGCAAACAGCACAACCUCUACGAUGCUCUCAUCUAUGUUUGGAACCAGGCUCUGAGAGAUUACAUCACCCCGCUUAUAGAUCUUCUGGCUCUCCUCGUUCCUCUCAUCCAGAACGGAGACUCGCUUGCGAAUGCAAGUCUAAUGGACGACCCGAUAUUUGGGGUGAAUGCCCUGAAAAUGUUUCCAUACCUAUCAUACACAUUCACUGGUCGAGUUUACCCGACUGGGGACAGCCUAGAAGAUCAAGAUGCCAUGAAAGCAAAAGCAGAGAUUUACUGGUUUAUCUUUUCUGGUAAAACAAUCACUUGGCCCAAAGCAACAGGAAAGCCUUUCUUGACGCAGCCGAAUAAAAGAUACGAACCGUCAUUUCCGUACCUUAGGAUGAUUCUAAAAUUUGACGCCCCAAGCUUUUUGAGUGCUCUAAAUGAGGCAUUUGAAGACUCAUUUCUCAAUGAUACCCCAGAGCGAGCGGUCAACGGUGGUUCUAACAGAGACAUGCCGGAGGAACAUGUCUUCGGACUCUCAGUCAACCGACAAUAUAUUGUCACCAUCCUUCUCGAAGUCAUGAACCCGAACGACUUUGCGUCCGAGGAUACCAUUUACCUCGACAUGUUUAUAGCUCGUAACCUACCCAAGUUUCCUCAAUACUUGUUACUUUCAGGCAGUGCACUACACAAAGUCCUGGUCGGUCUCUGCAACUACCCGGGAGAUGAUCUAGCAGACGACGCACAAUUGAGUGUGGAAUAUUUGCUCUCCGUCUAUCACCCCCCGGAUAUCGCUUCUCUCCUGCCUCUACUACAAAAGGCAGGCUUCUACCGAGUACUCAAAAGCGUCUACAAAGCCGAUAAGCAAUACAGCAAACUGAUCCAGACUUAUUUUGAUGAUCCAGAAGACCGACAGAAGGUUUUUGAUUGUAUAGCCGACUGUUUGAAGCCACGUUCUGGUUUGACCAAGAGACAAAUUCGGGAUGUUCAUGAUGUGGUGGGAUCCCACGCGAAUGAUCUUGUCAAUCUUGAUGCUGUCAAAGCAGCUCAGAUAAUCGAUGCUUAUGUGCCUUCUUUGCAUGAGCAGUUCCUCGAUGCCCUACCCGACGAUUCGGAGGUCCAAUACACCUAUCUCCACACAAUUUUCGAACCGACUAUAGCAGAUACGGCAGAUGUCAAACCCUCAAGCCAUGGAGAAUUUACUGAGAGAUAUGUGCAGCUUAUGUGUAAGUUUGAUUCUGCACAUGUGGUCGAUUAUGUUGGGCUAGUGCAAGCAAGUGACUUGCACCUUGAGAAAGUGUUGCCUUAUAUGGAAGAAAGUGGCGUUGUGGAUGCUGCUGUAGUAUUAAUGGCGAGGGAUGGCCAGUUACAAGCUGCAAUGCGACGAUUGAUACAGCAUUUAAGGAAACUUGAGGCCAGUCUACUUGGUCUUCUGGGUGGUUCGGAUGAAGAUAUGCAGUCGGUACCCCUUGCUGAAGCGACAGAAGACCUUCUCGGUGCUCUUCAGAAAUAUACCAAUGUUGGAAUAUGGCUAUGCCAAGGGUUGGACAAGGUACCAUUUAUGAACUCUCCCUCAUCUCCAAUUCGAAAAAGGGCGCCUUCAAAGAAUGAGCUUCUCCCUGAUGAAGUUCUAUGGUUGGAUCUUAUCGAUGUCACUGUCCAGAUUACCCAGAAAGUCUCAGCGAGUUUACUGGACCUCAAAGAAUCAACAUCCACAGAAAUGGACUGCGAGAAACUGGUAUUCCAACUACGAACAAUUGUCCAGCGUUGCUUCACCGCAUUACUCACUUCUACAUCUUCGCCCACACCCUCAGGUGCUAGCCUAUCAUUCCUCCGAAUUCUUCGUGCCUUCCUGACGCGAGCCUCGAUCUCAUCUCCCAACCUAAGCGACCUUCGCGCAGUCCUUACCUCCAUCUUCUCCGCUUAUGCAUAUGAAGAAAGCAUCCUCAUUCUCGCCAACCGAUUACUAGAAAAAGACCUUUUCGUUAAUGUCAAAUCUGCUACCGCCCUUCGUCAACGAGGAUGGCGACCUCGUGGUUCCACUUGCGAAGGCUGUGGUCGACGGGUCUGGGGCCCAGGCGUCUCGGGCGACGUCUUUUCCAAAUGGGAAGAAAGACAAGAACAGGAUACUAAACGACGGAAAGACAAAAGUGCUGAAUUAGCAGGAGGUCAUUUGGAAAGAGGCAAAGGACGAGCCCAUGCGAGCAAUGCAAGUAAAACUAAUAUUCUGGAAACAGAAAGAGGGAAGGGGAAGGAUGUUGAAACCAGUGGAACUGAGGUUCCUGUAGGGGAUUUAGGUCCACUUGUUGUAUUGGCGUGUAGGCAUAUUUACCAUCAGUCUUGUUUGGAGGCUGUGCAGGCGGAGGAGGAGAGGGAGGGGGAUGGACAGGAGUUUAGAUGUCCUAUUGAUGGGUAAUUGGGGGGAUGAAGAACCACUUUACUGUUUAUAUGAGACUCAAGAGAUGAAUUGAGAUUCCUUUUCUAUUGAAAUG